UUGAGAUCGGCCCACCACACCUCAGACUCUAACGCCGCCGCGUCUUCCUCUCUUCUCCAUGGACGAUUUGAGUAGCCGCCGCCGCCGGUUUCGCCGGCACUUGCUGUCGUCGAAAGGGGAAGAAGACUACCUGAGUAAUCUCCCGGACGAGCUUCUCAGCCACAUCCUUUCCUUCCUCCCCACCCUCGACUCCAUCCGCACCUCUGUUCUGGCCCGCAGAUGGCGUCACGUCUGGACUUCCGUCCCCGUCAUCGACUUCUCCUACCUCCAGCUAAAACCCACCAUGAUCAAGCGCUUCUUCGCUUCCCGCGGCGACGAAUCUGCUUCUCGUCUUCGCCUAUCCGGACCCUCGUUCGAUUGUGAUUUCAAUUGUGAAUCCAGCAUGAGUCGUGACACCCUCGUCUGCACGAUGGUCGACUAUGCCAAAUCCCACGAUGCCCGCCACGUGACUCUCCUCCGGUUCUUCUUUCAGUAUCUCAGCGAUUGUUUUUUCGACCAACUGUUCGAUUGGCCGUCGCUCGAAUCCCUGGAUAUGGAAGUCGUCGGCUGUAAGAAUCGCACAUUAUUUAACUUUUCCAAAUCCAUCGUCUCCUUCAGAUUGAGCAAUCUCAAGACACUUUCCCUCGCACUCGGCCAAAAUGCUAUUCAUGACGAGAGCUUAGCGAAACUACUCUCGGCCUGCCCUGUUUUGGAAGACCUAACAUUGAGUGCAAAAUUUUUCCGAGCCGCACACCGACCCAUUCAAAUAGAAGCUCCAAAUCUUCUCCGAUUGACUCUGAUUCCUACUCCAUCCAAGCUCCAAAUCAACUGCCAGAAACUCGAAUACCUAAGCCUAAAGUCCGACGCCAAUUUGACGCACUUGCAUAUCGAAGCACCCUCCUUGAUCUCUGUUCGAUUAUACAAUAUUUGGCGCUUUAGAACAUUUGUUCAGACGCUCUGCGAUGUGACUACGGUAGCUAUAACUUUGUCAGAUAAAUGUCUUUCAGACUCUACUCCGAGAUUCUUGGAAAAAUAUAAGGCCGCGGUCCAAGGACUUCCCAUCUUUCACAAACUGCUCGAGUUGAAGAUCAAAAUGUAUGUCGCAGAAAAGUUCAGCUUGGACAUCGUAUUUGAUCUUCUUCGAUGCACGCCGAAUCUGCAGUCGCUCGUUUUAACUGAGUGCGAAAAGAGACCGUGUGAUGAUGAGGAUUUCGACAAGUGGGAGAAGAAUUCAUCAUCAAGGACUAAUCAGCCUCUGGAGCAUCUGAAAAGGAUUUCGAUGAAUAUCAAAAGUGAAAGAAUCCGGUCGGCAUUUAUAGAGACGCUAUCAGAGACAGUUCCAGCGUGGGAUCGAGUAGCAGUCACCUGCUAAAUCUGAAUGAUUUGUUAGUUUCACAAGAAUGUAACUUCACGUACAGCCAUGUGAACUGUUUGAAAACAAACUCUCGUCAUCUUUAAUUUUGGUACUAUUUAUCAAUUUCAGAGACCGUGUGAUGAUGAGGAUUUCGACGAGUGGGAGAAGAAUUCUUCAUCAAGGAUUAAUGAAACCCUUGGAACGUCUGAAAAGGGUUUUGGUGAAUAUCAAGAGUGAAAGAAUCCGGUCGGCAUUUCUAAAGACGCUAUCAGAAAGAGUUCCAGCGUGGGAUCGAGUGGCAGUCACCUGCUAAAUCUGGAUUCAAUCAAACAAAGAUGUUGAAGGUGAAUAAUGGAGCAGAAUGUAUGUCAAUGGAGCCACUUCUUUUUCUACAACAGUGUGAUGGAUGAUCAAUUUCUCACCAGCAAACUGGAGACAGCUUAU